AUGUUCAUAUGUAAACUUAAACAAGAUAAAAUUUUCUACAAAAAUUCAAGCCUUCUCUAUGAAUUAUAUUAUACAUUUACCAUAUGGUACACUGCCACUUGCCGUACUAGUCGUUGUCGUUGUACUGGUCGUACUAGUUGUACUAGUGGUACUAGUCGUGCUAGUCGUACUAGUGGUACUAGUCGUACUGGUCGUACUAGUCGUGCUGGUCGUACUGGUCGUACUAGUUGUACUGGUCGUUGUCGUUGUAGUUGUAGUAUCUACACAUAA